AUGCGGACAGCUUGUGUACUAUUUGCGCUUGUUGGAAGUUCGCUGGCAGCGUGUCAGAACGCCGGCUUCCAAAAAUUGAGCAAUGGGAAAUGUUACAAGUUGAUCGAGGGCUCUUUUACGUAUUUCCGUGCUGCUGAGGCUUGUCAGCAACAGAAGGGACAACUUGCGACGCUUCAUAGUAAAGCUGACAACGACGCCAUCGGCAACUACCUUGCCAGCAACCUAUGGGAAGAAUCGUGGAUCGGACUGCAGUGCCAGACACAAACCGGCUGUUUUUGGGAUGAUGGCACACCUUAUGACUACACCAAUUUUAACGCGAGCCCUGACUUCUCGAAUGGACAGAAUUGUGUGAUGCUAAGGGCCGGGUUGACGUCAUUGCCUCGAGUUCGAGAUGUUUAUAACGGUUGGGCACCGAAGAGUUGUCAGACUGCUGUGGAUAAUGCGCUUUGCGAGGAAGUGCCGGCUGGUGUUCCAACAUGCGGUGAUUAUGAAGAAUUCAAUGGGUUGUGCUAUAAGUAUCACGACCGGAAAACCUGGGCUUCCGCGGAAAUGGUCUGCUCUCAGGAAGGAGGACAUUUGCCAUCAAUUCAUAAUAUUUUGGAAAAUACAUUCAUCUAUAACUUAAUGAAAAGCAUGGGCAUCGGAACGGCCGGCUGGAUUGGGCUUUAUGGGGCCGACAGCAAGACAAAUAUCUGGGCUGAUGGCUCCGACUUCAACUAUGCCAAUUUCCAAAGCGGACCAUACCAAUCGAUCACUUGCUACGCGAUGGCUACCGCUAGUUUCCUUUCUCCGCAGAAAUGGAUGGCUGAAACUUGUGAGACUUCGUUGCCAUUCAUCUGUGAGAGGGUGCCAGGGAAUCCCAUGACGAUUCCUCCAUUUGUUCCGCCGACUCCUACAACUACGACGACUACGACAACCACCACUACUACUACUACUACUACCACAAUGGCUCCAACCACCCCGGCUGAACAAUCGACAAUGACUUUCCCUUCAGCACCAUCUGUCCCUGCCCAAUCCACCACAACACUGCCAACCGUUCCUCCAGUUUCCGUUGUCACCCCGGGCUCCAAUACGACGAUGCCAAGACGGAAAACUGAUGCCGGCAUCACCGGCACCACCAUUAGCGAUUACCCCACGUUCUUGCCGAAGCUU